AGCUGCGGAGCCCUCGCGCCGCUUGCCGUCAGACGCGCCCCGCCGGCUCCAGCAAACGCCAGCCUCGCUCCGCUGCUCAGCUCCGCUCACUCCUUCCUUCGCUCCGCCCCGCCGACACAGCCAUGGGUGAUCUCUGCCUCGGCAAGCAGUACAAGCUGGACUCCAGCGAGAAUUUCGACGAGAUCAUGAAGGCCUUGGUUAACACCCAGAGUCGGACUUCAUGCGCCAAUCGGUUACGUUUCUCCAGAUCUCGAAACAACGGUUUUGCAUCAACGGUAAGUGUGACGAUAAAGCAGAAUAUUGUGGGCCUAUUUUUAUUUAAUUCAUAA